GUUUUUGUUCAUCACAUCCAGAACCUAAAGUCAACCUUGGGAAGGAGACGAGGUAUGUUUAAAAAUGCUUGGAAGCAGGAGGGAGAGGUUCGCCUCUAUUUUUAAAAGGGUCAAGGGGAUGAUUGAAAAAGGGGCUCUAGACUAUGAAGACCGCCCAUUGUGGUACGAUGUGUAUAAAGCAUUUCCUCCACGUGUUGAUCCUUCGUAUGAUCGACCAUGUCCCACUACCACAGUGCAGAAUAUUAUCUAUCCAGAAGAUUGUGAAAGAGCAGCUUUUUUCAAAGGUCAGCACAGGCUUGAGACAUUAAAUAUGUUCAAUCUAGUGGACAAUCGUUCGACAUUGUCUAAGCUCUUAAGGGAGUGUCGAAAGUUGAGGGAGGUUCACCCGGACUUAAGUUCGGAAGAAAUUUUGUCACUGGCUGAAAAGGAACUAAAACAAGAUGAAACAACAAACAAACAAAACUUCGAUAGCGCUUAAAGCUAGAUUAGUUGUAUUGGUUAAAUUGUAUCUAUCUUGAAAAUAAAGCUCAUUUCAAAUUUUAA